AUGAGUAAUCAUGCAUCAUUCGUUGAAGAAAUGAGUCCAAGUGGUACAUUAGCUGUUGCUUGGUUUUCAGGCGGUGAACAACAACCGAACUGUUCAAUAGCAGUAUCACUACUAGCAUUCGGUUCACAACAAUUUACAGCUGGUGUAGUUGUUAGCGAACGUGCGAAUUAUUCUAAUCAAAAUCCAGUUCUUUAUUGGGAUAAUCAAACACAAAUAUUACAUUUAUAUCACACGCAACAAUUAGGACAUUUAAAAGAGAAUUAUGCUCAAAUGUGGCACUUACAUAGUAAAGAUCAAGGUUCAAAAUGGUCAAGUCCGGAAAUAUUUUAUAGUACAUUAGGUGUAUGGGAUCGCAAUCGUGUAAUUCCAACAUUUGACAAAGAAGGAUUGAUAUUUCCAUGCUAUAAUUCGACACUAAAUCAUACAGAUGAUUAUUCGUUUAUAUUUCGAAGAUCAUCAUCAACAUCGAAGUUAGUUCCGAUUAAUAUGACAGAAAGUGAUUAUCUUGUUCAGCCAUCAAUUGUUCGCUUGGAUAAUUCCAAAAAUUUACGAGCAUUUUUGCGUGAUAAAAGAUUUCAAUGGAUUUAUUAUUCUGAUAGUAAUGAUGAUGGAUUAACUUGGACAAUACCAAAAGCAACCGUUCUACCGAAUAAUGACGCAGCGAUUCAAGCGUACGCAUUAAAAAGUGGAGCUAUUAUUAUGGCAUUUAAUAAUCUGAACGGUACAGCUAGAUCACCCUUAACUGUUGCACUUUCCUAUGAUAAUGGCAUGACAUGGCCACAUCGUAGAGAUGUUCAAAUUCAUGAUGAUGAUAAUUCGACUUUUAUUGGAGAUUAUUCUUAUCCAUCCAUAUUACAAACUACUUGGACUGCAAGUGAUGACAAUGAUAUUCAUUUAGUUUAUUCAUAUAAUAGACAAACGAUUAAAUACGUUAGAUUCAAUGAAAAUUGGGUUAAACAACAGUAA